AUGUCGAAGAUUAAGAAGCUCUCCAAAAAAUAUUUUUCGUUGAAAUUAAAGAAUUUCUUUAAAGUAAGAAAAGAAAAUAAAAUGGACAAAAGUCAUGUUUUGGCUGCAGUCGCUGGAAUGUGUGGCUCAAUGGGAGCAGUUUCGGGGAAGCUCGCGUUCGAUUGGGAUCUCGAACAAUACGCAAGAUGCUCCUGUGUCGCCGUCUUUAUUGGAUCAAAUAUUGUAAUGUGGGCCACCUACACACGAGCUCUGGCACUUUCCGAUUGCACCAGCACCCCUAUGAUCAUCAAUAUGGCCUGCAAUUUCGCUCUGACGGGUAUUCUCGGAAGUCUCAUAUUCUCCGAAUCGCAUUCCUAUCUGUGGUGGCUCCUGCUGAUCAUGCUCAUCACCGGACUCACUAUGCUGCUCAGCUCCAAACAUGAGGACUUAAAAGAGGAAUAGCUUCUUCUUUUUCUUUUGUUGGCUUUCCGUUUUAUUCAUUCUCCAAUAAAUUCGCUUUU